UUUGAUUAAGAUCAAGAUCUUGUCAUCAUGUGUCAUGUGUUAGUGUGUGAUGUGAGGAUCGUGAACUCUAAACGUCUGAUUUGACUCUUUGCAAUGAGGAUUGUUCUUCUGGGGAAGAGCGUGUCAGAAAACAGUGGAGUGGGAAACUUCCUGUUGGGACGAGCAGCGUUUGACAGUGAAGCUCCUCCAGAUGUUGUAGAGAGAGUCGGAGGAAGAUUGAAGGACAGACACGUGAUGGUCAUCAGCAGUCCUCAGCUGCUCCAGACAAACAUCUCAGAUCAUCAGAUCACACAGACAGUGAGAGAGUGUGUGAAUCUGUCUCAUCCAGGACCUCAUGUGAUCGUUCUGCUCCUCAAACAUGAUCAGUGUUCAGCAGAAGAUCAGGAGUGUGUGGAGAAGGUGCUGGACUCUUUCUCUGAGAGGGUUUAUCAACACACCAUGGUGCUCACCACACAAGAGUCCACUGAAACCAAUGACAUCCUACAGAAGAUCAUUCAGAAGUGCUUCAACAGACACUUCAGUCUUCAGAGAAGCAGAUCUCCUGAUGAUCUUCUGCUGAUGUUUGAGGACAUUGUGAAAAUGAAUGAUGGACGACACCUGGAUUGUGCUGAAGAGUCACAGUAUUUCACAAUGAAGCAACAGGCCACAGAGAAACUUUCAGAGGGUGUGAAGCUGAAUCUGGUUGUGUGUGGGAGUGACGGCACAUUAAAAUCCUCCAUAUCAGAGCUGAUCCUGCAGCAGACAGACAGAAGAUCAGACGUGGAUCUUCAUGGACGUCAGAUCAGUCUGGUGGAUCUUCCAGCUCUGUUCAACACUCGUCUCUCAGAGGAGGAAGUGAUGCGUCAGGCUCUCCGCUGUGUGUCUCUCUGUCAUUCUGGAGUUCAUGUUUUCCUCUGCAUUAUUUCUGAUGCUCCACUCAAUAAUGAAGACAAAGCAGAAAUGGAGGAGAUCCAGAGGAUCUUCAGCUCCAGAAUCAACAAACACAUGAUGAUCCUCAUAAUGCAGAAUUCAGAGCAUCAUACAGAAGAACUCAAUGAAGAAACACAGUCUGUCAUUGAGAGAUUUGGAGGACGACAUCAUUUCUUUGGUCCCAACACACAAGUGUCCACAUUGAUGGAGAACAUUGAGAAGAUGCUGGAAGAAAACAGAGGAGAGUUUUACUCCACAGAGACAUUUCUGGAGGCGCAGAUGGAAAAACUGAUGAAAUAUGAAGAGAUGAAGAAGAAAAUCAACUCACUAGAGACACAUUUACUGUCACAAGGUAAUGAACAGAAAAUCAGUUUGGGUCUUAAACUUAAAUUCUACAAUAGAUUUAUUCUAUAAUAGUGUUUUAUUCAUUUGUGUUUUUAAACAGCAGAACUGCAACAUUUAAAAUUGAAAAGUGGCUCAUCUUACCCUGAUCCCCCUGUUCAUCUUGUCAUGUUUUCUUAAAUUUCAAUAUGAUUUUCACGUUCAAGAGA